AUGAAAUGGAUUGAAGAGUCGCAAUUAAAAGAAUUUCAAGUAAAUUCAAUUACAAAAAAACAAAUGUUAUACUUGUCAAGGUUAGAAACAAAACAUAAUAAUGAUAAAUUUUAUAAAAAAAAGAGAUCUAAAAGAGAUAUAUAUGAUAAUUAUAAAAAACGUUUAAUACGUAAAGAAUAUAGAAUGUUAACAGAUGAAGAACUUUCACGACUUCAUCAUGCUAUGAAUGAAUUAAAAAAUAGAAUGAUUGAUAAUAUUACAUUAUGGGAUCUUCAUAUAUUAAUACAUUAUCCUGAUAGUGCACCAGGUGCUCAUUGGGGACCAGCAUUUUUACCAUGGCAUAGAGAAUUUUUAAGACAAUUUGAAAAUGCUCUUCAAAAUAUUGAUAAUAAAGUUACAUUACCUUAUUGGGAUUCUACACUUGAUCAUGGUUUACCUAAUCCAUCUGAUAGUAUUAUAUGGACAGAAAAAUUUUUUGGUAAUGGUAAUGGAUAUGUUAAAACAGGACCAUUUAAAGAUUGGACAACAAAUGUUUUUAUGCCAUUAAGUGAUUUAAAAAUUAAAAAACUUUAUAGAUAUACAGGUGGUAAAGAUAAUGAUAGAUUAUUAUCACCUAAUGAUGUUGAUUGGAUAUUAAAUAGAGAUCAUUAUUCAAAUUUAACAUUUUGUCAUGAUAGAACUUUUGAAUCAAUGCAUGGUUUAUCACAUGUAUGGGUUGGUGGAUUUAUGCAACUAAAACAAAGUAGAAGAGAACGUGAAAACCAAUAUGCUGAGAAUACAUGUGGUGAUUUACAUUUACCUAAUGCACAAAUGAAACCAUUUAGUUUAACAAAUAUUAAUGGUAUGUCAAAUGAUUAUACUGAUUAUUACUAUACUUAUCAAAAUGUUAAGCAUUGCUCACCAACAGAUCCUGUUUGUCAUGACAGUCCUUAUUAUUGGUGUGAUAGACAAAUAUGGAGAUGUAAGAGUAAAAUUCAAUUAGGUGGUAGUUGUAACAAUCUUGAAGGUCAAGAUUCUUGUUACACUUCAAUGUGUAUAAAUGGUAUUUGUCAAUAUAUUUCAAUGAAGGAAAAAGAAAUACAAAAAAGAGAAGACAUUCCAAGUAAUGUUGUAUGGGCAAAAAGUUUAUUAUUAGAUAAUAAUAAUAAACCAAUUACUCAUCCAUUUGCGCAUAUAAAUAAUAUUGAUGAGUAUAAUACAUUUAAUAUAACAAGUUAUGUUGAAGAAAAAAUAAAAAAUUUAGAAUAUAAUGGUAUAAUAUAUUUAGCAUUACCUAAACCAUCAUCUGGACUUCCAAUUACAAUAACAUUUCAAGCUAGAGAUCAAUAUGGAAGAUAUUGUCAAAGUUAUUGUAUUAAUGAUACAACUCAAAUAUAUAAUGUUUGUGAACCAAAAAUUAUUUUAAAAAUAAGAAAAGAUUUUGAAGCAGCAAAUAUUGCUUAUACACAUAGUUUUAUGUCUAGAAAUUAUUUAGAUGUUGAUUUAAGUUCUCAUCCAUCUAUUUUAAGAAUAAAUCCACCUUAUAUUAUUUUUUCAUGUAAUUCAAAAGUUGUUGAUGGACAAGAAUUGUAUAGUACAGUUAAAAAUAUGAUGCAAUUUUCAAAACCACUUGAUGAUUAUGUUUGGUUUCGUGUUGAAUUGAUAUUAUCAUAUGAUUCACCAUUUAAUUUAGAGGAAUUAAUGGUUAAAGUUAUUGAUAAAGAUGAUUCAUAUUAUCAAUGGCAAGAAAAAAUUAAUAAAGUACGAUCACCUAUUGAUACUAAUAUAAUUUUUGUUAAAGCUCCCAAUCCAUAUAUUAAUGGAAAAAAAAUAAUUCUUCGUAUAUUAAUUCUUUAUGAAGGACAAAUUGUUAAUUGUAUAGCUAAAUGCUCUAAACUAAAUGAACCAAGAAAAAAAAGUUGUUCUGAAGAAGUAGUACUCCAUUAUAUACCUUUUUUAGGUGAUGAAAAUAUAUUUACAUCAAAUGAUGAUAUAUUAAAUUUAAUUGGAUGGAAAAUGGUUGGACAUCCCUCUAAAUGGGAUUAUAAAUUACCAUAUUUGUCAUUGACAUGUUAA